AUGGAUUUUUCAAGGAUGUUUUAAGUUCUCAAAGAAGAUAAAUUUGAGUGUCCAAUUACGAAGUUGAUUGUGGUAGAUCCUGUUAGAACUAAAUCUGGAUUUUAUUUUGAAAGGCAAAUGAUUAAAAGUUGGAUAUUAUAGAGAGGAACUUGUCCCCUAACUAGACAAAGACUUUAUCUUGCAGAACUCACCGAACCAACAGAAGAAUAUUAAAAAGAGUUUUAAUAGUUCAAGGAAUAAACAAGAGAACUAGAUUUAUUUUCCAAGUUGCAUAAAGAUAUCAAGGAAAGUAUAAGAAUGGAAAUAAUUACAAUUCCAAAAUCAUGA